AUGUCGAAGGAGUUGAAUCAAGUAUCAAAAGAAUUCUGAAUGCCAGACACCUCAGCUAAAUCUUGUGCUCGCUGUGACAAACCAUUUACAACUUUUAGGAGAAGACAUCACUGCCGCUAUUGUGGACUGAUUUUCUGUUCCAAAUGUACAAGUAAAAAAUCUCUCCUGUCAAAUGGUGUCAUAAUAAAUCGAUGCUGUCCUCAAUGUUUACUAGCUUUAAAAUCUCCAAACAAGAAAACUGCAAUUCUCCCUACCUUUGCAACAACCACAGAUUUAGAUCCUCAACCAUCUCCAACAGGAACCCCAAAGCAUAUGGAAAAAUCAGAAUCUGCUGAUGUAAUUAAAGAAGCUGCUGAAGAUGAUGCUAUGUCUGAUCUCAUGUCUCUUGAAGAUGAGCAUGCUUUGGAUAGCGUAAAAGAAUUUCUUGGAGAAAUUAAAUCUGAUUCGGAUCCUAAACUAGAUGCUUAUGCAAAUGAAUAUUUCGAGCAGCUAGCAAGAGAGUCUAUUGUUAAACAAGAACUAGGAAGAGAAUGACUAGGAUUGAUAAUUAAAUUUUCAAAAGAAAUUGUAGAGAACUUAUGUUCAUCAACACAAUUCAGAAAAGACUCUAUGGACAUCAACAAUUAUUUAAGAAUCAUUAAAGUCGCCUGGCCUGAUACAAGUUUGUCAGAGUAUAUCAAUGGAGUUGUUUUUGUCAAAAACAUUGCUAAUAAAAAAAUGAACAAAAGAAUUGAAAACCCUAAAAUUUUGAUCCUCAAAGGCGGCACAGAUAUCUACACAAGUGACAAAAAAUUGGUCUCCAUGGACAGAUUAAUAGACCAAGAGACCUCACUUGCAGAAAUCUUUAUCAGAAAACUAGAAAAAAUCAGGCCAAAUGUUAUGAUUUUAGAAAAAAGUUUGCCUCAAAAUAUAUUGUCAGAGUUUGCCAAAAUGCAGAUAACGACCAUUAUGAAUGUAAAAUUAAAAAUAAUUGAACAAAUAGCACGAGCCACCAAGGCAAAAAUUUUGAAAUCAGUGGACCAAACGUCCACUACUGAAAACUAUUUACUCCCACCCCCCCUCCGUGAGCGAACAAAAAAAUUUUGUUCGCUCACGGAGGGGGGUUAAUUUUUUUUUUUUUAAAAAAAAUUUAUAUAUAAAUUUUUAUAAAAAAUAUUUUUUUCGAAAUUUAAAAAAAUCCUAAUUUGCAAAAAUUGGGAAGCAAAUAUUAAUUUAAUUUGCAAAAUUUAUGUUUUAAAACGCAAUUUGUUUAAAAUUAAACAGAAUUAGCUCUAGAUUUCAUUAUACUAAUUAUCACUUAUAUAUCAAAAUUUUUUUCCAUUAAAAUUUUUUCUAUUAAAAAAAAUUUUUGUUCACUCACGGAGGGUGGGUUUUUGGUCAAAAAAUGGCGAUUUUUCUAAUGGUUUUGUUCGCUCACGGAGGGGGGGGGGGAGUUAGGGACUUGUGGGGUGUUCUAUCUUGAUACUUUAGAAAAGCAAAGCUAUGUGUUUUUUAAAGACCCACUAGAUACCACAAGGGCUGGAAGCUUAAUUCUGUCAGGAACUGAUAAGUUUGAGCUUAAGAAAGUGAAAGAGGCGGUAAAAGAUUUAGUAAUCCAAUAUAGAAAUAUCAAGCUUGAGCUGCAUUUUUUUAUCCAAAGCGGAAUUAGACCAAUCCCUAAUAUUUUUUCUGCAUUUAAAUCAUCAGCUAGUCAGUUUAAGUAUUUAGUUAUAUCAAAUAUCAAUAACAGUAUGUGCACUAAACCGACUACUCAGAAUAUUUCUUAUUAUAAAGGCGAAGAUAUGACGCUAGGAGAUUUUAUAAAUUCUAUUAUAAUUUCCUUUUAAUUGCCCAGUAGAAAUUUCAAGCCAUUUCUUAUAGAUAAAAUAAUAUAAUCAUAUAUACUAUUAAAAAAAGCAAUGAUACCUGCCCUUCUGGCUGUGAAAGUAACCUAAGCGACCAUUCUACCUAUUACAUAAAAAACGGCGGCAGAAUAAAAAUGUAUUUUGCUAAAUCUCAUCAAAAUCCUUCACAAGAAAUCAUGAUGAAAAAAGAAUGCAAAGCUUGUGGAAAGAGUACCAUAGUAACAACUCCACUAUCAAAAUCAGCAUGGGAAUAUUCAUUUUAUAAAUUCAUCAAUAAUUUUUUUACAAAAACUGAUUUUCUCAAUGAAAAAAACUGCCCUCAUGAUUUUUAUAAGCUAGCGAAAUUUUCUUUUCAUAUACAAGGCAUAAAAAUUGUGUUUGAAUGGGAAGAAAACCCAGUUUAUGACUUAAUACCAAUGUCAAAUUCCAAAGAAACUACUAGGUUUUAUGCAAAUUUUAUGAGAAAUAAGUUUGAUGAAACGAGGUCUUGCGCAAAGGAAGUUUUUGACGAUUUGUUAAGACAAAGCAAAGAGAUGAUUUUAAAACUUAGUGUUGAGUCAAUAGGAAAUGAGUCAAAAUCCCAGCUGCAAGGGAUUGAUAUAAUUAGGGAAGAAUUGGUGACGAUCGGAGAUACAAUAACUUCAAGCCUGUGCAAGCUACUAGAUAUGGAAGUUUGUCUUAACUUAACUUAACUUAACUUAUUAACCAUCACGUUUAACGUCUCCUACGGGGUUGCUCUUCCAGGACUACCACCACGCUCUCGUCGCUCGGGGCCCACUAGUUGCUGGACAACUAGCUUUGAUCUCCAACGUGCGCCUCCUGCGCAAUGUUCCGGCUUCGACGGCUCAUGAAUGAGCUACUUUCUCUGUAACGAGGGUUGUCUGCUGGGAAAUUCCAAAAAAUGGGAUUUCUGGCCGACUUUCGGCAAAAAGGGGAAAACUUUGUAGCCCGGGGCGAAACUCCCGGUUUCUCGCUAGGGACUUGCCCGAAUGGCCUAGGGAUUACUUGCAGGCGCUGCUGGGCUUCUCCUUUCCAACUCCAAGCCUCCUCUUCCCUCGAGGUAAAAUCCUAACCCGAGAACGGACUGGGAUCAGGCUCUGUACACUGCCAGAAUUGCUUACCUGAUAUUACUGUCCAUCUCUAGCUAGGCAAAACCUUGCCGGAUAUAAUUAAAUAGGGCUCGAAACUGUCUGGCCGAGAGGCUAGACCCAAGUUGAGACGCCAUAUUUAAUUAUAUGGAAGUUUGUCAAUUUAAAUGCCAUUUAGAUAUAGACACUUAUAAAAGAUCAUUAUUUUUGCAAGCUUGCUCAAUUAAAGUUUCACUUGAAGAUACAGCCUCUAAGCUAAAACGACUAAAAAAAGGUUCAAAACAUAUAAAUAAAGAACCAAAAAAUCCUCCGCUCUCUAGAUCAAGCAGCUCAGGGCCUGAUAAUCGAAAAUCCCCAGCCCAAACUCCAACCCCAGAAGGGAAGAUUUAUCCAUCCCUCAGUGCAAUAUCUUCUCAAGACUUCGAAUCUCUCGAGCAGACUCAUAGAAACUCUGCAAUCUCUACACCUAUCGAUAAUUUCGACAAAGAUGACGAAUUCCUCCAAAGCGAGCAUUUCAAUAUAUUGCAAAAAGGAAAUUUAACAUUACCAUUAGGCUAUAAUGAUUUAUGUGUCCCAGUCGAAGAAACAGAUUCUUUAUCUAUCAUUGCCUAUGCAUUGAACUCUCAACGCUAUUUUGAUGAAAUCGCCUGCAAUAUUAGAAAAACUGAAAAUUCUGCUGACCAAAUAGAAGCAGAUUUAUUGUCUGGCGAUGAGAAGCAUUUUAAAUUCAGCGUUUCUACUUAUGAAGAUGAAAUGAUUGGACUUGCACACAAAGAUGGGGUUAGAAGAUUGUAUGGAUCUCAUAUGAAAAUACAAGUGACGGCGUAUUUUCCGAAACAGUUUCAUGCGAUUAGAGAAUAUUCUUAUGAGCCACAUGAUGAAUUUUUAUGGUGGGUUAAAUUUAAUAUUGAAUUUUCAUAUAAAAAAUUGGCAUAUUAUUGUAUAAAUUAAGCCUUAAAAUGAUUAGUGUAUAGCUAUUAUUUACUAUAAAAAGAAUAAUUUCAAUAACAAGCUCUCAGAAUAGCCAAGAGCAGCUUGGCAAAAGCAGAGCAGUUUUCCGGAAAUCUUUAAAUGGAAAAUACAUCUUAAAAACUAUAGAUGAAAAAGAAUUUCGGAUGUUUAUUGACCUAACUCCUAACUAUUUCAGGCACGUUUGCAAAAAUUAUUUCCACAAUAUGCCUUCAAGGCUUGUGAAAACUAUUGGAGCAUUCAAAAUUUCUGUCAAAAACUACAGCACAGGCCGAAAUAAGCUAGAAUGGGCUUUAUUAUCAGAAAACUUAGGCUUUGCGAUGCCUUCACCUUUAUAUGUUUACGACUUAAAAGGCACCUCAAACCAUAAAAGAAGAGUAAAAGAAGGCGACACUCGGACCAAAAUGGAUUUAAAUUUCAUAGAAGACUUUAAAGGAAUCCCUAUAACUUUAGCUCCUGAAGUUAAGCGCAUUUUUGAUGCUACAAUUUGGAACGAUACACUGUUUUUAGCAAAGCAAAAUGUAAUUGAUUAUUCUUUGCUGAUUAUGGUGUCACUAGAACAUAGAAAAAUUGCUGCGGGGAUUAUUGAUUAUAUGGAGCAAUAUACUUUUGAAAAGGCGAUUGAAAGCAAGUAUAAAGCUGUAAUUACAGAUCAACUACCGACGAUUACACAUCCGACAAUCUAUAAGGAGAGGUAUAGAAGUCAGUUAAUUGAAAGCUAUUUCAUGUCUCUUGAAGACUAA